CUAUCAAUAGAUUUGAUUGUUCCUCUCAUUUCCCAAGAGAAAGACGAAUACUAUUACAGCAUGAAGAAGAAAUCCAAGAGCAAAACCAACCGAAAGGAAAGUUCCGAAGUGGAUACAAUGGAUUCUCCCGUGGCCGAAGAAUCAACACCCAUAGAAGACAAGCUCGAACGAGGAAAUCCAAACGUUGAAGAUGGCAACGCCGAAACUUCUAUUUUCUCCACGAGCGAUGGAAAGUAUCGGAACAAACAGCGAUGCUUAGUCCUUUGUCUUCGAGGUGCUACUGCUCGUUACCGUCAUCUAUUAGAGGACUUGCGUACACUGUUACCGCAUCACAAGAAGGAAUCUAAACUUGACUCGGGAAAAGGCGGCGCUGCGACGGCUGUCAACGAUAUCGCACAGAUCAGGGGCUGCAAUACCGUUUUAUUCAUGGAGUGCCGCAAACGCCAGGAUGCUUACCUGUGGCUUGGUCGAACUGGUGAUAAUCAUGGGCCAUCGGCCAAGUUUCAUCUUACAAACGUUCAUACGAUGGACGAACUUCGCCUCACGGGGAACUGCAUGAAGGGAAGUCGCCCGAUCUUGACAUUUGAUGAGUCCUUCGAGAAACAUGGUCAUCUUAAACUUUUGAAGUCGCUCUUCACUGAUGUCUUUGGAACACCAAGGGGUCAUCCGAAGAGUAAACCUUUUGUGGACAGAGUUAUGGCGUUUUAUUAUGCUGACAAAAAGGUACGUUUUUGGAAAUGUUCCCCACUGUGCGCCGAAGGCGAGCGAGGUGGAUCAUGUGUGUUGUAACGAGAGUCACUGAUUACACAAAAUGAUGAGCGUAUGUCAGACCUUCGGGGAUGAGAAAAAACAUCAUGUAUUAGACUACGAUGGAAUGAGACUUGAAACAAAGCAAUACAUUUGGAUCUUUUGCAACUCCAUUGCAUCAUUUUGUGGAUUUCUCACUUAUCGGGUGCCCCUUUCUCCCCUUCCAUUUGAUUUUCACUCUGUAAUCGUAGAUAUGGGUACGAAACUACCAAAUAGUGGAAGAACAACCCACGAAUGCACUGGAGGCUCACCAAGCAAAGAAACUGUCGGGACAAGAAGAAAGCACGUCCCUAGUCGAAAUUGGACCUAGAUUUGUUCUCAAUCCUAUUCGAAUCUUCAGGGGUUCAUUUGGUGGCCAAACAUUAUUCCAAAAUCCAGACUUCGUUUCGCCCAACGAAAUUCGCGCGGUUGAGAAAAAACGGAAAGGGCGUUCCUAUGAACUAAGGAAAGAAAGCCAGAAAAUGCGCAAAAGUCGACAGGAAGACUAUGUUCUGCCUGAGGAUCCUUUGAAUUCUGUUUUCCGAUAAAAUUAGAAUUCAGUUAACGACAUUUAUUGAUUCAAAAUGACUUUUGGAUCUACAUUUUGUUCCACCAUUCCUGCUAGUUUCGACCGAUUCCCGAUGUGGAACGCUUGAUGCAUAAACUUAGCAAAUUCGA